UUUAAUUUGUGUUAGUGGUUUUAAACAAACAAACAAACAAACAAAAAAUACAAAUACAUCUGAUUAAAUAUUCCACGCCUAAGUGACGAAAGUGUGGCAAAGGCAAUUGAAAUCGUCUUGAACUUUAUCCUUCGUUGAAGCGCACACGCAGCGAAAACACGCAGCCGCAAAAUGGCAUCCUUUGUCUAUGCUGUUUGGAGUAUAACCAAUGUCGCUUCGGUGCAUUGUGCCGUGCGUCCCGAGCUGUCGCCCUGUACCUGUGAACCCAUCUAUGCUGACAACUAUGUGGAGCUGUCGUGCGAGAAGGUGGACUCGUUCCAUCAGAUCGUCGAUGCUUUGUCGAAUAAAUUUGAUCCGGACGUGAAUAUAAGCUUGAAAAUAUCACAUUCACAGUUAGAGGACUUGGAAAUGCGUUCGUUUAUGGAUAUGAAAUUGAAAUUGGUGAAACUACGAAUGCAAUGGAAUUCUUUGAGAUCGGUGCCUGAAUUACCUUUUCGAGGGUUAUCAAAUGUGGAGUAUCUCAGUGUUGGCGACAAUGAACUCGAAGAAAUCCCAAAGCACAUGUUGAAUCAUAUGCCAAUUGUGAAAACAUUCGAUAUGGGACGUUGUCGCAUACGUUCCGUGCUGCAGGAUGAUCUCAAAGGCAUACAAAUGGUUGUGAAUCUCUUCUUGCCCAGCAAUAAUAUAAAACGUUUGGAUAAGGGCGCAUUUCCGACCAGUUUAUUCACCUUGCAUUUGGGACGCAAUCAAAUCGAAAAUCUCAAUGGCACACUUCGACAUCUGGACAAAUUGGAAUCGUUAUUCAUUAAUAUGAAUAGAAUCAGCAGUUUGGAUAAUGAGCUACCCGAAUCGAAUCGCUUGAAAUUGAUUAUGGCACAAAAUAAUCGCUUAGAUCGCCUGCCGGAGAGCAUGCGCUACAUGCACAAGCUGGAGAAUUUGCAUGUGCAACACAAUUGCAUACGCACCUUCGAUGCUAUUUUCAAGCAUGCGAGGAACUUGAAUGAAUUUCAUGCCUUCAACAAUGAGAUCGAGUAUCUGCGUCAGGAUGAUUUUCUGGAAUGUGAAAUGCUGGAGGAUAUCGACUUUUCGGUUAAUCAUAUCAAGUCUUUGAAUAGUUCCCUUUUGCCGCUGAGUCGUUUGUAUCGUGCCAAUAUUUCAUAUAAUGAAAUCGAAGAAUUCUCAAUGAACGAGAUUCGUGGUUUGGUGAUGCUGCGUCAUUUAAUGUUGAAUAAUAAUAAAAUCAAACGUCUCACCGGUCAUCAGGAGAACAAUAUCGAUCAGAACUCAUACUUGUUCGAGCUUAAUUUGGAUCACAACGAACUGAAAACCUUGGAUGGUGCUUUGAUGGGCUUGAAUAGUUUACGUAUAUUGAGUUUGUCCUUCAAUCAACUGGAGCGCAUUCUACCGGAAGAUUUUAUCGGUUUGGCGAAGUUGGAAAUUUUAGAUUUGUCGCACAAUCAACUAUUGACACUGAAGGAAAUGGAGAGGACAUUCCUUCCAAAUCUGAAAAUUUUAAAGGCAGCCUACAAUAAUAUUACAAGAUUGGAAAAGGAUUUCCAUGGCUUACCCGUACUGUGUCAAGCCAAUCUUACGAGCAACCAAAUAUCAUCGAUUUCUUCCGAAUUAGUUUCGCAAACGAGGUGCAUGAAUCACAAUGUUCCUGGCAAAUUGGAAUUGUAUUUAGAUGACAAUCCAAUACUCUGUGACAAUCGCCUCAACGAACUAUGCCCCAUUAUGCUGAAGCAAGAGACGCGCAUACGUGGCAAAUCACAGUGUUUCGAGAGUGAUCAAGAGGUUUGCACCGUUUUGCCAAUGUUGUUUGUCAAUAACUAUCCAUUGAUUAUACCCACGCAAUUGAGCCAACAAGUACUGGCCAAUGCGAAACCCGUCGUCAUAGUACCGCUACUCAAUCAGCCAUUGAAUAAUGCAGAUGACGUGUUGCCACCUUUGAUUGCGCCGCUAGGUAAACCGAUUUUAAAGCCAAUCAUAAUUGCGCCAUUAUCAGCAAUCACUCCAACCACAAGUUCCACUACGACGACCACCACAACAACUACUACACCCGAACCUAUAACCAAUGAAAAGGACGAAACUUUGGAAGCACCGACGAAGCCAACAGCGCCCAUUUUGGAAACUAAUGAAACAGGCGAUGCUGAGCAUAUUCAUGUAGCGGGUAAACCAAACAUGGCUGAAGGAUAUGCAGUGACAACAACCACCAUAACUUCCGCACCGAACACAGCCAAAGAGUCGCCGAAUAUGAUUGAUUUGAAUAAUAAUACAAUGGAAACAACAUUUGAUGGCAAAAUUGAUGCAGCAGUUGGCGAAAAGGUGCCCACAGCAGAUGCCGAUAUUUUCAAGGAGACAGAAGAGCAACCACUACAACCGCCGCAGGUUCUUUCUGAGUUAACUAAAAUUGUGGCUCCUCCAGUUGCGCUAGUGCCAUCAUCGGCUGUUGCUGUCGAAGAGGUUGCUGAAUUAGCUAUACCGAAGACAGUAUCAAUGGCGCCACCAACUGAGUACGCCACUGUCGAAUAUAUUCCAAAUUUGGAUGAAUUCCUACCGGGAAAUCGUCAGCCGCCGAACGUGCUCGAAGAAGAUUCGAAUUCGAAUUCGGUGCAUGAAGAAUUUCCGUCGGUCGUUUUGGCCGAUCUCGAUAAUGCACCGCAAAGUCUACUAACACCAGAUGAGCCACCCGAAAAUCCUUAAAUUUGUAAGAAGCACAAAAACAAAACAAACAAAAAAACACAAACACAUCUACAUUAUUAAAAUUUAAGUUUUCCCCCCUUUUGUGCUGUCGUCUACUCCCACUUCAGGUUAAUUAUAAAUUAAUUUAAUGCUGAUUAUCGUAUUUAGUUUUAGUAGUUAUAGUUGAAAGUUAAAUAUAAUUACAGUUUGUUUCAAUUUGCAUACGCACAUCUAAAAUCAUGUAUCACACACACACACACACACACCCACACACCCGCGCGCACACACAUACAACUUAAAUAAGGCCACACGCACUCUCAGUUCUACAUACAUACUCGUAUACACACACACACACACACACACAGCCACAUAAAUAAGCACAUAUCCAACAAUCCCAACCAUAUUUAAUGUUAAAAUAUUUCAAAUUUUAAGUUAUUAUUUUAUUCUUUUAAUUUUUAACUUUAAGUUACUGUUUCUCUUGCUGUAGAAUUUAAAUGUGAAAAAAAAUAAAUAAAAACCAAGUGAAGAUAUUCCACGAGCAAUUAACGAAUCAAAGCGAAAUAUAUUGUAAAUGUUGAUUUAUUGUGACUAAAAAUUAAAUAAGUUUAUAUUUUGUGAUUAUGCCAAAAUUUUUACUCACUCACAUAUUGUAUGUAUUUAGUGAGUUUUUAUGUAUGUAUAUCUAAUGUAUGUAUAUGAAAGAUUCGACUUUCGCUAAUUUAUUGAUCAGCAAUAAAAGUGUGAAGUCAACCAUUGUUUGAUUACAAAUUUUGGUCAUUGUAAUACAUAUUCGUUUGAGAUAGUUGCAACAUCCUUUAAUUAAUAACUAAUUAAUCGCUUGAUGACAAUAAUAUUUAGAAAGAAUAGUUAAAAUUAGUAAUUUUGAUUGCCGAAAUCAGCUAUACAUUGCAAGCACAAGUAUUGUAUAUGUGUGUUUUUAAAAAUAAAUUCGAAAAAUAAAA